ACAGGGCUAGGUUCCUAUAAAGGAGGCCAGUUUUGGAGCAGGCGCCGAGCAGUGAACAUCUACCCAGCGUCCAGCCUUUUUUCCAACCAGUUCCACCCAAACAAGUCCUCUUUCCCCCUAAACCCAGACCGCGCGUGCUCCUCACUUUGAUUUUUCCAUUAUUUUUUUUAAUUCCAAACCCUUUUUUUUGAAGGGUUGCUCUCUUUUUUUUUUCGCAGGGAAGUGCAGCUUUCUAUCUCUACCGAGCCUUCUCAAAUGUAUAAAAUGGAGUAUUCUUACCUAAAUUCCUCCGCCUACGAGUCGUGUAUGGCCGGGAUGGACACCUCGAGCUUGGCAUCGGCCUACGCGGACUUCAGCUCGUGCAGUCAGGCCAGUGGCUUUCAGUACAACCCCAUCAGGACCACUUUCGGGGCCACCUCCGGGUGCCCGUCCCUCACACCGGGGUCCUGCAGCCUGGGGACCCUCCGGGACCACCAGAGCAGCCCGUACGCCGCAGUUCCGUACAAGCUCUUCACGGACCACGGCGGCCUGAACGAGAAGCGCAAGCAGCGGCGCAUCCGGACCACCUUCACCAGCGCGCAGCUCAAGGAGCUGGAGCGGGUUUUUGCAGAAACCCACUACCCGGACAUCUACACCAGAGAGGAGCUCGCGCUCAAGAUCGAUCUGACGGAAGCCAGAGUGCAGGUGUGGUUCCAGAACCGGCGCGCGAAAUUCCGCAAACAGGAGCGCGCGGCCGCAGCCGCCGCGGCCGCCGCAAAGUCCAGUUCCGGGAAGAAGUCCGACCCCAGAGAGGAGGACAGCAAAGACAACAAAACCACCGACCCGGACAGCACGGGGGGCCCGGGGCCCAACCCGGUGCCCACCUCCAACUGCGGGGGCCCGAGCCCCGGGACCGGCCCGGUCAACCCCCCCGGCGGGGGGGGGGCGGUGGACCCGGCCAAAGGCGCCGUUUCCGGCGGGAUGGGAGGCACCGCGCCCGGCCAGGGAUGGGCCCCCGCACCCGGAACCAUCACCUCCAUCCCGGACUCGUUGGGGGGGCCCUUCGCCAGCGUGCUGUCGUCGUUGCAAAGACAGAACGGAGCCAAAGCUACACUAGUAAAAACCAGCAUGUUCUAA